CUCCGCUCGCCGUCCCGCCCGGCCGCCCCUCGCGCGGCUCCUUCCCCCUAUGGAUGGGAAGGCAGCGCCCAACGGCGUGGCCACCAUCGAGGACCGGAUCCUGCGCAUCACCGGCUACUAUGGAUAUUACCCGGGAUACUCCAGCCAGAAAAGUGCCUCACGAUCAUCUGUCAUCCAAUGCAAGCCAGGAGGCAACUGCCCCAGCAGACACAGAGGCAUGACUAGGCAGCUCUCCCCUCUAUCUGUUGCUGAAGAUUCUGCUGCUCCCAUUCUUGAGCUGCAGAAUCGAAGUCCCUCGGGAAUCUGUCGGCACAGCAGAGUCGAGAGGCAGAGCAGAUCAGGAGAAGAAGGAACACAAACGCACACAGAGAGCAGCAGCCAAGAAGCUGAAGGACAGACACGAUGCCAGUCUUGCACAUCCACAUUUCUCAAGCUUAUCUGGAGGUUCCUGAUCAUUUUGUCCGUCUCCUCCUCCUGGGUCGGGACCACGCAGUUUGUCAAAAUCACUUUUGAGACCUUUGACUGUCCUUUUUUCAUGACUUGGUUCUCAACAAACUGGAACAUUAUGAUUUUUCCCAUUUAUUACUCUGGGCACCUUGCAACUGCGCAGGAAAAGCAGUCUCCAAUCAAAAAAUUCAGGGAAUGCAGUCGGAUUUUUGGUGAAGAUGGUCUGACGCUGAAACUCUUUCUUAAAAGGACUGCUCCCUUUUCUAUUCUGUGGACUUUGACUAACUACCUGUAUUUACUGGCUUUAAAGAAGCUGACAGCCACAGACGUCUCUGCCCUCUUCUGUUGUAACAAAGCUUUUGUCUUCUUGCUUUCUUGGAUUGUGCUGAAAGACAGGUUCAUGGGAGCAAGGAUAGUUGCAGCAAUCAUGGCAAUCACAGGAAUUGUGAUGAUGGCAUAUGCAGAUGGUUUCCAGGGAGAUUCAAUCAUUGGGGUGGCAUAUGCUGUGGGAUCAGCCUCCACAUCUGCCUUGUAUAAGGUUUUGUUCAAAAUGUUCCUUGGAAGUGCAAACUUCGGGGAAGCAGCUCAUUUUGUGUCUACACUGGGCUUCUUCAAUUUCAUCUUCAUCUCUGUCACCCCAAUCAUACUGUAUUUUACAAAAGUGGAGUACUGGUACCCUUUCUCUGCUGUGCCCUGGGGUUACCUGUGUGGAGUAGCUGGCCUCUGGUUAGGUAUGUGAUAAAAAAAAAAUACUCAUUUUUCCAGCUCUUUUCUCCCCACCAAUACAAAAUUAGCCUCUGGCACAAACAAUUCCCCCCUGUCCUCCUAAACAUCAGAGCUCUCUCACAGAUUAAGUCUGGUCCCAGUGCAAAUUGGUACU